AUAUAACCACAUUCAUUAUACUGAGAAGGUUAUUAUCAAACCCACACAUAACAUAGACUUCAAAAACAACAAAAAAAUAGAGAAUGGCAUUAGUGGAAUCUACUCUUGAGUUUGACGUGAAGUCUCAGGCGGACGACCUGUUUAAAGAUUUCAUGAAAGCAAUAAAAGACUAUGAUGAGGUUGAGAUCAAGGCUGAGGAUUGGGAGAAAAGAGAAAUUACGAUAAAUGUGACCAGCUCUGAUUUUUUUACGAAGUACAAGACGUUCAAAUUAACCGCCACCAUUACUCCUAGGGAUGACGGUGAUGGCAGCCGUGUGAAAUGGACUGGCAAGAUCGAGAAGAUUCCCGAUGACAUCCACGUCGACCCACACAUCCACGUUACGCCUUCGGAAGAUGGUGAUGGUAGCCACGUGAAAUGGACCGUAGUGCUCGAAAAGAUUUCUGAUGGCAUCGACGACCCAUAUCUAGCCAUCAACACAACUGCUUAUCUCAUCCAGAUGCUCGAUGGCAGAAUCCUUAAAUAAAUACGUCCUAACUUGCAAGGUUCGGUCUACAUUGCAAAACGUCGUCUAAAUAAACUGGCAUACAUAUCUAUAUAUAUAUAUUUAUUGCAAUAAACGUUUGGUAUUUUGGGGAUGUAUGGACUCGAUCGUAUAGCUAUAUUAUAAAAAAAAUAUCUAUUGGCAUAUUA